CAGGAUCAAAGUGCGAGGUCACUGUAUGUUCUGGGCUGUCCCAUUUAACAAUCCUGAGUGGGUCAAGGGAUUGUCUGUUCAGGAAUUCAAGACUACCGUGGAUGAUCGUAUAGCUUACAUGACGGCACAGACAAAGAACAAAUUGGCUCACUGGGACGUGAACAACGAGCUACUUCAUGGCUAUUUUUACGAGGAGCACUCAGGAAACCCUCUCUACACGGAGCACAUGUUCCGGGAGAUUCACAGAGCUGACCCAAAACCCACACUCUUCCUCAAUGAGUACAAUGUGGUGAAGAGCGGUGAAAUGACACAGAGCUAUUUGACCCAGAUCCUGAAAUUCAAGGCGGCCAAUGUCGGCCUUGGCGGGGUCGGAGUACAAAGUCAUCUCAAUGAUUACGAGGAGCCCAACCCUGACAGCAUCUAUCAGGAUUUUGCCUUAAUGACGUCUACAUGCUCAGACAGAAAGACAAAACUGGAAAACCAGUUCUGA